CUCACCUGCAAAUGUGAGACGGCUGAAAUAAACGAUUGAACAUGAAACCGGAUGUGGCUUAUAUUGUUAAACAGAAUCAAUACAGUGGAAGUACAUGUAUUGUUGUGUGACAGUAUAUAACAUACAUAGGAGUUCAUCAAAUCAGACAUCAUAUAUUGUUUUAAGUAUGUAUUAAAACAUGAUUAUCAUAUCUCAUGCAACUUCAGUAAGACCUGUUUCUUUGUGUGCAUUUUUAAUUUAAAAUACUACUUUAAAGCCUUUUAGAUGAUUCCAGCAUUUCUGCGUAGUAGGUGUUUGUGAGAUGAUGACAUACUGUACAAAUAUCACCAUAGACAAGUCCACUCCGCCAAACCAGAAAAUUAGGGCAAACUGUCUGGUUGUGCACACUCGUGUUCGUGACUGAAGCCUGCACGUAAAUGCAUAGCCAUGCUGGUCUGCUUGCGGCAAAAAUCCGCCCCCUCCUCUCUCUCCCUUCAGAGAUACGCAACAGUUGUACAAAACUGUCGUCGCCAUGGAUACAAACAGGUUCUGAGGGUGCGCUGUCAGCACUUCUGGCAGCUCCAGGCGGGCUGAGGACUGGCUGCUACGCUCAUUGGUUCACGUAGCAUGCGUCGCCUUGACAAGCUUAAUUUUGACAAAUGGUUUGACCAGAAAUAAUAAAACAACUUAGCAAACAAAACAGAAAUGUCUUAAUCCCAGACAACUAUUUAAUCAAAACUCCAUAAGAUACUCAAUCACGCAAGAAAUCUUUCGGCAAAACUAUAUUAUUCCAUGAUAAACCAAAAUUAUCUACAUCAAAAACACUGUGAUAGUUUGUAAACCAUACAGACAUUUACAAGGUAAUAAAACUCUCACAUACAUGUAAAUGAGUGUGCACGUGUGUGCAGACUUGUCUCGAAUUGAAAAUCUCACGUCAGCCAGCUGACCAAAGUUGGCAACCCAUGGGAAACCCCUUCACUAUCAGGUCAGAUUUAGGACCAAAUGAGACACAUACAAUCGCGUAAUUGUUGUUUGUUUGCGGCAGGAUAUUUAAAUAUCACGGAGUGAAAUUAAUCACAUUGAAUUAUAAACACAAGAUACGAAUCCAGACGAAUCGCUGAAAAGCCCCGCGGAUGGAGCGUCUCCCAGUGCCGCUCUGAGCUCUGAUUGGUCGGUGUUAAUCCCGCCAAAACGUCGUUCAGCGCUAACCCUUAAACCGGCGGUGAAUAUUUUCGGUGGCUUUAUUUGUCAUUGUGCAUAAACACGAAUAACGCUAAAAAUGUCGUGCAUGGACAUUUUUUAUGAGAAGGUUCACCAGGGCCACGACCCGCGGUGGUCGGUGCGCGCAGCCUUACCUGGGGGCAGGGUGACCACGUUCUGCGUCGCGUGUGUCAUGGAAGUGAUGGAGAACGAGGACGCGUCGUCAGUGCGCAAGUCUGUGGCUCUGGUUGGUGUCAGCGAGGUAUUAAGAGGAUGUCCUGAGGCCCUAAAGCAGGUGCUUCUCCAGGAUCACAGGGUCAGCCUGCACUUUGUCAACAGUCUUCUGGGUAUGCUUCAAAGCACGAAGGAGCCGUUCGCCCUGGAGCAGGUGAUCCAGGUGCUUGUUCAUCUGCUCCUGGAGCUACAGAGUGAGCAGUGCGUACAGUAUGUCCUGGAGGAGGUACAGACCCAGCUGUGCGAUCGGGCCAGCUUGCGAGAAUCACUGCCCACCUUCAACUUCUUGGGAAAAUUGCUGGACGCCAUGCCCGCUCUGCCCCAAACCCUUGUCGCACAUCAUGUGUCCCUGGUGGAGCAGCUGAGCAUGGCAUUGCUGCCCCAAGAUGAAGCACUCAAGGCGUCUGUGUGCUACGUGUUCCACAGGGUGUGGGUGUGCGUUGGGGCUGCCCAAGCCCUGCCCCCGGCCCUCAGGGACAGGGUCUGCAUACAGGUCUUGCACACACUGCACCAUGCCUGCUCUCCACAGCUCACCAUCAACUGCCUGGGCUUCCUGAAGGAGGUGAUAAAGAUGGGUGAUAUCGUGUCCCUGCUGAUGAACCUUCCCACGGAGCGGGAGCCCCAGCUGAUCCUGGAGACCUGCUGCCUUCCGCUGGUCCUCAAGAAGCUGUUGCUGAGUGGAGAUGAAAGUCUGCAGGUGGCCAGUGCCCAGUGCAUAGCUGCUGUGCUGGUGCACUCCCCCAGCCAGUACUGCCCCGCCUUCAUCCAGGCCGACAUUCCCGAGUUCCUGUGCGAGCGCCUUUGCAGCCGUAGUGAGGUUCUGCUGUGGUCAGUGUAUAGCUGCCUGCUGCUGAUGACAGAGGACCCGCUGUUUUUCUCCCAGUGUCACUCUGUUUACGGUAUCGAGCCCCUCGUGCGCAGCCUGAAGGAGGCGCUGACCCUGACCAGCGUGGAGGUGCAGAAACAGGGCCUGAUGCUGCUCACCGAGAUCUUGGACCGGCAGCCGGUCAGACUGGGUCUGUUCCCCAGUGCUCUGGUGUUUGCCAGUGCCGUAGAGGUGGUGCUCGAGGCCAUCGCCUCACCCUGCCUGCAGGUGGCGAUGCAGGCUGCCUCAGCUGCCACGGCCCUGCUCAGGCUAAACCACCAGUCCAGCCCUGUGCAGUACAGACAGCUGAAGAAGGUGGUGGAGGCUGUGAUGGACAGAUGUAAGGAGCUGCCGUUGCCCACAGCUGCGAAUCGCAGGGCCUCACAGACGGGGGCAGGAGCCAGGGGUCAGUCCUCUGCUGCGGGGGCCUUUCUGCUGCAGGCCCUGACCUGCUUCCAGGUAGCCUGCAGAUUGGCAGAGCAGUGUGCUGGGGUACCGGGCAUGGAGGAAAACGCAUUCACCGCCCCAGACUGUCCUACUGAGGACAACACUCUGGGCUCCUUCUGCCAACACCUGCUGCGCUACUGUGACACAGCCUGUAUCCCUGUUGUCACUCGGCACUGUGAGAGGGCCCCCAGCCCCUCACUGCUGCAGCCUCUCUUCAUCAUCCUCUGCUGCCAGUUCUCCGUCCUACCUACCAUGAUGCCCCGUUUCUGUGCAAAGCUGGCAUCCUCUGGUUUCUUUGGAUUCACUCUGAAGCACAAAGCUGCCUUCUGUGCAGGAAACAGGAACCCAGCACUGAAUGCCGCCUGUGCCGAAUUCCUGCAGAGGCUCAGCGUGUGCCUGCUGGCCCAGCUGGAGGGAGCCGACGGCGUCCCCCCGCCAGACGGUGAGGAUGUCUUACGGCGUUGUCUCCCAUCCCUGUGCUCACGGCCGUCCGAUUGGUCCUCGCUGUUGCGGGAGGCGUCCGCAGGGCUGAGGGCAACACAGUACGGCCUGCUGAUGCUGUUCUACCUGGCCCUGCGACACGGAGACAGGCUGCUGCCAGACCCUGCAGUCUUCUCCGGCACCCUGUCAGUGCUCUGCUUGGUACAGGAGCAGGGGGAUGAACCCACUCCCUUGUGUAUCCUGCGAGCUGCCCUCUAUCUGCUGUCUGUCACGCAGGAUGGGAGCCCCGAGCUUGCCUCGGCUCCCCUUCUCUGCCUCCGGAAGGCGCUGUCCCGCGCCCCAGGCCUUCAGCCCCUGUACACCCACAGCCCCGCCCUGCUGCGCUUCAUCUUCCGCUACCCCGAGCUGGCGGAGUCCUUCGGCGCCGGCGUCCUGGAGCUGUGGUUCACGCACGGUGGCCGUGACCCCGCGGCGGAGGGGGCAGAGCUCACGGGGCCGGACCGGGACUGUGAUGAUGUCACCGUGCUGCUGCCCCUGAUGGAGGAAAAGCCGACGACUGUUCUGACCCUGCUGGGCCUGGUCUGCAGGGGGGAGUCCCCGCUGGCCCACCGAGCUCUGCAAGUCCUGAGCAGGUUCUUACAAGGCCAGCCCCAGUGCGACACGGCCAUCCUGGACCUGCGUCCCCGACUGCUGCAGGUCCUCCAGAGACUGGCAGUGGAGCAUAGCCAAGCCGAGCUGGGAGCCCAGGACUCGCUGACACUGGUCCUGCAGCUGCUGUGUCUGGCGCUGACCUCUGACCGUGCGGCCGCAGACAUGGACGGCACAGACUUUAAGCUUCUCUUCCAUGUGAGUAACCUGGCGGCCAAACUGAAGCCCUCCGACACACAGCCUCUGCUACUGGCCAUCAACUACCUGUACUGCUGCCUGUCGCUGUCACCUGCACACUGCGCAGACAGAGUGUUGUCCAUACUGCUGUGUAACGGCGCACUGCUGGAGCAGCUGCAGACGGCACUUUCCUCCCCCUCUGUCUCCCUGCUCUGCGGGGCCCGUCUGCUCCUGUCCUCACUCCUCACUCAGCGCGACGCUAACUCCGCACAGGUCCAAAAACGGAUUUCUUUGAACCUGGACGAAAUCGUGCAGCUGCUCACCUUAAGGAAGAGCCAGACUGACAGCCUUUUACUCGCCUGUUCCGUCCGACUGCUUCAGACACUCUUGGACCUGGACCUUCAGUCUCCUCUGCUCCUCCUGACGGCUGAGACUUUCGACUGCCGCCCCCUGCUGGAGACGGAGGCCAUCCUGCAGCCGCUGGGCUCCCACCGGGCACGCUGCCUGCUUACCGCACUGCAAGGGCUGCUGCUGCAGAAGCAGGAGUUCCUGUUGAGCGUCUCAGCGAGCUGCUUGGCGUCUCUGCUGGGGUUCCUACACAGGAGGAGCCCCACCGUGGCCCUGCACACAGUAUAUCAGCCAUGGAGCCGCUUCCUGCUCUUUUCUGUGCUCGCCUCCGGGGGGAGCCAACUCUUUCACCCAGCCAUCUUGGCCCUGCUGUCCCUGAUGGUGCACCUGGGCGGGGAGAGGGCAUUAGGAGAGAUGGGACUGGCCCAACUGGUCGGCUUGGCAGAAAGGAGGGGAGUGAAGAGGCUGGAAGGCAGGGCAGCAGAGGCCCUGAAACGGCUUCUCACACAGCAGACCAUGCUGUUCCUGUGUGUUGCCUUAUUGGUCCUGGCUGGGCCGGCCCUCCCCUCUUCUGCAGCGGACCCUGAAGCACCAAGGCACAGACACGAUGCCAACCUGGAGAUCUACAAACGUUUGUUUGAGACGAAGAGGAAGGACCAGCUGAACGCUCUGAAGAACCUCGUGGAGCUCAACGACAUCAACCAGCAGUACAAGAUCAUCGACAUCAUGCUGAAGGGGCUGUUUAAGGUGCUGGAAGAUUCCAGGGCGAUACUCACUGCUGCUAACAUGCAGCCUGAUGACCCCUUUCCACUGGAUGACAAGAUCAAGGAAGCAUACUCCCACGUCCUGGAGAACACGGCCUUCUUCGGCGAUGUGGCUCUGCGCUUUCCCCGCAUCGUUCAUCACUAUUACGACCGCAAUGCCGACUGGGAGGGCCUGGUGCGCUGGGGCCUGCAUUUCUGCAACCUCACGGGCGUCUUCGCUGGGGGAGCACACCAGCACGUCCUCACACUGAUGUCACAGGAGCUGGGAAUCACAGAGAAGUCACCGGACUUCAUCAACCCCUACCGUACCGAGAGAGAUGAUAUGCUGCACACCGCUGAAGCCUUCCAGAAGAUCCUACGAGAGGAGGAGAAGCGGCGUCGCAAAGAGGAGAAGAGGAAAGAGAUCAGGAAGGGGCCCCGCAUCUCCCGCUCUCGUACUGAGUUAUAGCGCCCCCUGGCCCUGGGGAAGAACAUGUGACCGGAGGGCAUCUUUAGAGUGACUGGGGCCAUAGGGGUACAGGUGUGUAGGUGUGUGUGUGGGUGUGUGUGUGUGAGGAACAGAAUAAACAGUAAUUUUAUGAAAAUAAAUGGAAAUUAGGCUAUUUUCAAUUUUUGGUAGCAAAAAUGGAGGGGUUACAUACAUUUAGGGAGAGUAUUUAAAACUUAUUUGUUUUUGGUAACAAAGAAAUUUUGUAGUGUAAUUAAUUUCCUUAAAACAAUUCACAGCAAAGGAAACUGUGAGAUUGAGAUUCAAUAGCAUCCCCUCAGGAGUUAUAUUUAAAUUUUUAGUCUUAAGUAACAGUUAUUGUGACUAAGUUGUUUUUCCCUUUGGGUUAGUUGUUUGAAUAUAAAGCUGAACAAUUCCUGGAUAUAUUUCUGGUAUUUUUUUAUUCUGUCCCCAACAAUGGCUGCUUCAAAAUAGCAUAAUGAGUAUUAAAGUUAUAUCUCUUUAAUCAUCUGCAAUUAUAUGUAUGAACAAACAUCACCAACGGUUCAGCCUGUGCCUGGGGAGAAACAAUCAUCGUGCUGAACACCGAUAAAAAAUUAGCGUUUGAACCGAGUAGGGCUGCCACGAAGAAUCGGCUUGUGGUUAAACUGUACAACACUGCCCCCUACUGCUCAUCUGCGCCAAGAGACCGGCAGGUGAUUUAUGCUCCCUUUCAGCCUCGGUCGUUUCAUUUAGUACUUAACCUGUAGCCUUUUGCUUCCUCCUUUCGCAGGUGAUCACUUGCUUAAAGAGUCCGUGACUGAGCUUAACUCCUUCCCAUUUCGUUAUAAUUUAGCUACAGUGGUUUCAUGCCGUUUUUGUCAAAUUUUCAGACUUACAAACAUACAGCUGUUACGUUGAGCUCAUGUCUCUUUGUGGAUUUUUAUUUUAGAUUUUUUUUUUUUUUUUACUCCAUUUCAAAAUUCAAUAAAGAUAUUUGGAAUUGUAUUUAUAGAAUAAUAAACUGCGGUCGUACAAU